GAGGCGUGGAAGGUCCUCAAGAGGAGCCGGGCAUGUCUCAACACAUCCAGGCGGACCAGCCUACCAAAACCUCUUUAGGACGCAAUAAAUGAGAUGCGUUGUCUCGGCUGUCGUUACUUCACGACGCAGCCGAUGUGCUGUCCGCGCGCACAGUGACCUCCCGAGACGUGUCUGCUUUUAAUGGCUCCAUCACGGCGUCGCCGCCGAGCACUUCCCACAUUGCGCGGCUCUGCCUGAGGACUUUGGUGCUCCGCGUUCGCCAUGUCCCUCCCGGCCAAAGUGAUGAGAGACGGGCAGCUGGAGAAGCGCAGCAGCGGGCUCCUCCAGCUGUGGAAGAAGAAGCGCUGCGCGCUCACCGAAGACGGACUCCGCCUGCGCGACUGCAAAGGCGGCGCAGACGCCGCGAGCUCGGCGUGGAGCUCCAAAGCCAAGGAGCUCCGUUUCGAGCGCAUGGCCACUGUGGACUGCGUGGAGUACAAACGCGGGCUGGUGUAUUUCACCGUGGUCAUGGCUACGGGGAAGGAGAUUGACUUUCGGUGUCCGCAGGAGGGCACGGCGUGGAACGCGGAGAUCGCCUUGGCGCUGGUGCGCUACAAGAACCUGCAGGCCGUGCAGACGGGACGGAACAGGCGCCUGUCCGGGACACACCUGGGCAGCACCGGAGAGGAUGAGGAGCUCUGACCUGCUCAAACCGGAGUGCUGCUGGAUGGAGGUUUUCUACUUUUGGGGAGGGGGGGUGAACCAAUCACAGUGGGAGAAGGGGGCGGAGAACACCAGAGCCAUGGCGCAAGGCGUGAUGGGAUGGAAGCGGCGUGGACACGAGCGUCCCGGACACUGUUUUAGUCGUCCUCCGCGGGCCUCCCCACGCUGUCCUACAAAGCCUUUCUGCGUGGGACAUGCUGCGCAAGCAGCAUGGAUACAUGCACUUUUCUGUGGUCAUUGUGGAGGACUCUUUUGUAAAGGAAAAAAAAAAAAAAAACAA